UACUCCCUCUCCGUUUCAGUUUAUGUGAACCUAUUUUUUUUUGUCUGUUCCAAAAAGAAUGAACUCUUUCUAAAUUUGGAAACAAUUUAGCUUAAACAUACAAUUCUACGAGAAACUUUUAUAAUCAAACAAAUAUUCUGGGCCUUUUUAAAACUUGUUUAGGACCAUAAAUUUCAAAAGUCUUUAUUUUUUCUUAAAUUCCAUGCCCAAUCAAACAGGUUCACAUAAAUUGGAAGGGGAGUAGUAAAUUAAGUAGUUUUCUCUUUAUAAAAUUUAAUGCAAUAAAAUAAAAGUUAAAUGACUCAUUAAUAACAUUACCUGUCACAUGUAGAAAACAGAAAAUAAAAGAAAAAGAAAUAGAAAAAACUCAAUACUCUUCAGUUGCCGGACAUACUCAAAUGGAGAGAGCAAUACCUGUACGAAUGCCCCACACCUCCACCGCCGAUCUACUGACAUGGUCGGAGGUCCCGCCGGAAAAUAACUUCCCCGUCUCCACCGCCGUCUCCGUUAGUGGCUCCUCUCACCGGCGAACAAAUCCCCCACCUCCAUCUCAUCUAUUUGAAUUGAUUCACAAGCUAGGUUUUAAGUGGGACUCUUCUCCUAACCCCGUGAGUUAAUCCAAUCAAGUUAUUAAAGCUUUUGAGCAAUGGGCGAACUGUUCAAUAAGAUCUGAAACAAGAAAAGAGGAGAAAUUUUUGACGGUGGUGGUAGUGGUGGCAGGCUGGAAGCGGUGGUUGCGGUAGCUUUUGACCCCAGAACUGUUCAUAUCUCUGUUUUACACUGGCCGGAAAAGUGUCAGUUUACGUGCAAUUUUAAUGAAUAAAAGUGUGCCUCGUGGAGCUCAAAGUAAAUCUAAUAGUUCAGGUGAAUUUGAACUUUUCCCCUUCUUUUUUAUUGGCCCAUUACUACUCAGUUUUCUCUCAAUAUUACACCUAUUUGUUCUACCAAAUAUCGUCAAAUUGCGAUCCUUGGCUUCGUAGUUAUCAUAGUGUAAGGAUGAGAUUGAAGGUAGGGAAUCAAAAAAGGAAUUUAUAAAAAGAAAAGAAAAGGAAUUGGACUCUCUGAUAAACCAGCUAAUUGAUUAAGCCAGUGGUUGGUUGCUAACUAACAUGGUUUCAUAUAUUAUAUUGUACAAUCCUCAAAUAAUAUAGAUAAACACUCUUCCCCAGAUGAAACCCCAUUUCUAUGAAGUCCAGUGUUUCUUUCUAUAUAUUGAAUUUUCUUCUGUUCACUCUAAAAUGUUUUGGUUACAAGAGAAGACAUGUCUUAGCUAAUAUAAUUUGCUUAUCAGCUACUUGAGAGUAACCAAUAUGGUUUAUAAUAUAUAUUAACACCCAUGUGGUAUAAUAUUAUAUUUCCUUAAUGAACUUGUCAUCCCAUAUAAUAAAUUCAAGUCAUUCUUUCGUUAUAUUAAAUUCAAUUGGUGGUAACAUGAUUGAAGACACCAUUUCAGUCACUCAGAGGUAUGUCAUUGUCCUUUGUCUUUCAUUUCUUUCUUUGAUUUAUUAAUCUCCGGUCUCCAUAAACCAGCUAAUGUGAAUGCGUUUUAUAGUCAGAGGCGGGCCUAAAGUGUAACCUAUGCGUUCACAUGUUGUUUUUACCCGGAUCAUAUAUAUGUAUUAAGAAAUCCACAAAAAAUAUCCAUAAAUAUUUGAUUGUCAACCCCUUAUUAUUGUAUAUUAACUUGAGGUCGCUGUAGAAAUCCAUAAACUUCAAAUCCCAUGUGGUAUAAUAUUAUAUUCCCUAAUUGAAGUUGUCGUCGUAUUUUAAUCCAGUCAACUCUUUUGUUCUUUAUAUGGAAUUCACUUGGUAACUUGAUUGCCUACACUUGCAGCCCUUUAGAGGUAUGCCCUUUUUCUUUGUCUUCUCAUAUCCUUUUUCUAGGUUACUAUCCUAUAUUUUUUGUGCUUCGUCCAUUUGUUGAUUGUUAUUGAUAUUGGUGUUUCUUGUAUUGUUUUCUCCAAGUAUUUGUGACAGUAUGUGUUUGCUUUUGCAGUUGCUUGCAACCUUUCAGCACUGCUGUUUUCCUUAUCUGAAGCUUUGAGGUCAUAAUUGAAAUACGAUAGAUAUGGCUUAUGCUAGUGUUGCUUCUCUUAUGAGAAAAAUAGAACUGCUCCUGACAUUCAAUUCACCAGCACGAUCUCUAAUCCGUGACAACAUAGCAGAACUUCUUGCUCUUCACGGAAAUGUUAGUUCCUUGGGAAUAUUUCUCAAGAAUUUCGAGAAAAGCAAUGAUUCUGGGGAAAUGACAGAUUUGGAAGCACAGAUAAAAGAAGUUGCAGAAGCUGUUGAACACACAAUUCAAAUGACACUGACUGAAGCUUUAGUGGCAAAUGAUGAAAUGCAGAAAGAAAAGGCACAUGGGAGGCUAGGUGAUUGCCUAAAGCAAGUAGCAGAGGACAUUGAUCGUGUCCGGAAAGAAACAAAAAAGAUUCAAGAUAAAGGCAAAAAAGCAUCAAACGAAUCUUUGGUUCUAGACAGUUCAACAAAAGAUAUCCCGAAUUUGAAGAACAAUAUGGUGGGACGUGAUGAUGAAAGGAAAAGGUUGUUAGAAAAUCUGACUAGAGGCUUCUCUGGUGAACCCAAAGUCAUCCCAAUUGUCGGGAUGGGAGGUAUUGGUAAAACAACUUUAGCUAAAGAAGUUUUCAAUGAUGCAUCUAUUCGAUCUCAUUUUGAUGUCCGUGCUUGGGCUACUAUAUCUAGCCAAUAUAAUGUAAAAGAUAUCUAUGUAAGCCUUCUGCUUUUUACAAAAGAAACAAAAGAUGAGAGAGUUCACAUGAAAGAUGAGGCAAUGCUAGCAGACAUGCUACAGAAAAGUUUAAAGGGUAAGAGAUAUUUAAUUGUCAUGGAUGACAUGUGGAACAGUAAAGCAUGGGAUGAUGUGAGACAAUGCUUUCCAAGUGAAGAUAAAGGCAGUCGAAUAUUGUUGACUACUCGUAACACUGAAGUAGCUUGUUAUGCUGGUACAGGAAAUCUUUCUUUGCAGAUGGAUUUUAUGAAUCCAGAUGAGAGUUGGAAACUUUUUAAAUGUACGGGCUUUGCAGAUGUAUCAUUACCACAUGAGUUCGAGACUAUCGGGAAGCAUAUUGUAGACAAAUGUCAAGGGCUGCCACUAUCUAUUAUCGUGGUUGCUGGGCUUCUGUCCAAAUCUAAGAGGACACUAGAAGAUUGGAAAAUUGUUGCUAGGGAUGUAAUGUCAUUUGUCACAGAUGAUCCUGAUAAACAAUGUUUACAUGUGCUUGGGUUGAGUUACAAUCACUUGACCAAUGAUUUAAAAGCAUGUCUUCUGUAUUUUGGAAUUUUUCCAGAAGACAGUGAGAUUCCAGUGAAGAAACUAGUGAGUUUAUGGAUGGCUGAAGGGUUCCUGAAGUUGGAAAACGACUUACAAGGAGAGGCUGAGAAGUGUUUACAAGAUCUCAUCGAUAGAUGUCUAGUUCUUGUAUGCAAGAAAAGUUUGGAUGAAACAAAAAUUAGAUCAUGUAAGGUUCAUGAUCUAGUAUAUGGUUUUUGCUUGAGAGAAGUUCAAAACGAAAUAUUUUUUUCCUUGAGACAGCUGGCACCUGGUAAUCCGGACUAUAUUUACUCUGAUCAUUAUAGGAUCCUUUUUGUCCCUCAAUUGAUAACGCAGCAGACAGAUGGUGACGACGAAAAUUCGGGCAAUCUAGUUCGUUCUAUUUUCUCUUUGUACAGUACUUAUUCAACUUUUAUUCUCGAACCAGAUAUUAUUCAUUGCAAUUUUCUCAAAAUUUUGGACUUGAGUCCCAUAACUCUUGAUAUUUUCCCUCCACCGAUACUGUGCCUCAGUUUUUUGAGGUACCUAGUACUGUCCACCCGUGGUGGGAGGUUUGACAUACCUCCAGAAAUUUGCAGAUUAUGGAGUCUACGAACAUUCAUUGUUGAAGGGUAUCGUCCGACGUACGUACACUUUCCUGAACAAAUUUGGGAACUGUGGCAAUUAAGGCAUCUCGGAGUGUAUCAGUUUGAUUUGCUAAAUCCUCCAAGUAUAUCUGUUGAUGAGGAGAGGUGCUUGGAAUUUUCAAACAUACACACUGUUUCUGGCUUGUGUGUAAGUAGUUGCACCGAGGAGGUUAUUUCAGGGAUUCGGAAUGUUAAAAAAUUAGGAAUCUAUGCAGAUGAAUAUGAGUUUAAAACAUUUCAUGGAUCUAAACUUUUUGACAAUCUUGCCAAUCUACAUCAACUUGAAACAUUGAGUCUUAAAAUUUCAGUACCGCUGCAGACGAAGAUUAAUAAAGUGCCAUUGACCAUUCCAAGUGCAAAAGCUUUUCCAGCGACGCUCAAGAAGUUGAAGUUGGACAAUACUUGUCUAAGGUGGGAGGACAUGGAUAUCAUAGGUGAGUUGCCUGACCUUGAGGUGCUGAAGCUAAUGUUAAAUGCUUGUUGUGGCCAAGAGUGGCAUCCAAUUGCAGGGGGUUUUACUCGGUUGAAGCUUUUGCUAAUUAAGCAUAAUUAUCAUCUCAAGUACUGGAAAGCCACAAAUGACAAUUUUCCUGUCCUUGAGCGCCUCGUGAUCACAUAUUGCACUGAGUUGGAAGAGAUGCCCAUUGAGUUUGCAGAUAUGGACUCACUACAGCUAAUUGAGUUAAGUUACUGUACAGCCCAACUUGAGGCUUCUGCUGCACGUAUUCAACAAGAACAAGAAGACCUCGGAAACAAACCUGUGGAUGUUCGUAUCUCAGAUACAUACAAUCCCUGUUGGUAAUGUAGCAGAUGGGGAACCCAGUGCUUCGGCAUAAUUACGGGGAGGGAGUUUGCACACUUUUCGGCUAAAGAAGGAUCUAAAGCAGCAAUAUCUCUUUUGAAAAACUUAUUCGGAUAGUAUUUGUAAUAAUCUAGGUUGCUUUGGGAACCUUUGUGUCAUAUCUGACACCAGUAGUAUUAGCACUAGUUCUAUAGUAAUCGGAAACAGUCUCUCAACCCUUUCAGGGUAGGGAUAAGACUGUAUACAUACUACCCUUUCCAGACCCCACUUGUGGAAUUAUACUGGGUUGUUAUUGUCGUCUGUAGUAAGUGGUUUAUUUCUAUUAAUAUAUUGUAACUACCUUUAUGAUAGAAAAACAGCUUUUGCCUGUAUAAAGAAAAGGCCCCAAGAUAUUUUAUUUUUGUAAUAGUGUGACUUCAUACAACUACUCUAAUGAUGAUGGUGAUGAUGGUGA